AAUUUGCCAACACCUCCUUUUUUUGUGGUCAAUCAGAUUUCUUCUUUUUCUUUUUUCCAUUAUUAAUGGCUGGGUAAGGACCCCAUGAGCAGGAACAGGUGUCUUAUUAAAUUCAAACACGAAACUGAAAUUAACUAUUCUGAUUUGUCUCCAUGAAAGAAGAUACAACAGAAGGAAUUAAACGUGUUUAUUUGAACUCACAUGGAGGCAACAUCCUAGAUUUACGAAGAAAACCCAUAUUUCAUUGACUCGAAUUUGGUGGGCUGGAGAUGGCAUACACACUGGAUGAAGCUCUUACAGCUUUGGGUUUUGGCAAAUUCCAAUAUUUGGUAUUGGGUUAUGCAGGUCUUGGAUCCAUGGUGGAUGCUGUUGAAGUUAUGAUUCUUUCUUUUAUUGGACCAGCUGUUAAGUCUCAAUGGGGACUUUCUUCUACACAAGAAACUCUUAUUACUACUGUUGUUUUUGCUGGCAUGCUUAUCGGAGCUUACUUCUGGGGCAUUCUUGCUGACAACUAUGGAAGAAGGAAAUGUCUUCUGAUUGUGGCAAUAGUGACAACUCUAUGUGCAUUUCUGAGUUCCUUUUCUCCAAACUAUAUAUCACUGCUCAUUCUUCGUAUGCUGGUUGGAACUGGUUUGGGUGGUGGGCCUGUAUAUGGAUCUUGGUUUCUAGAAUUCGUGCCUUCUCAAAAUAGGGGCAUAUGGAUGGUUAUCUAUUCGACUUUUUGGACAAUUGGAACAAUACUUGAGGCUUUAUUGGCUAUGAUUAUCAUGCCAAGAUUAGGUUGGAGGUGGUUAUUGGCUUUAUCGUCUAUACCAUCAUUUGCAGCACUUCUCUUGUACAUUUUUACAGUAGAGUCUCCUAGAUAUCUAUGUGCCGAAGGUAGAAUAAGUGAUGCACAUGAUAUUUUGAGGAAAAUAGCUGUUGUCAAUCAGACAAAACUUCCCCCUGGAGUGCUUGUUUCUGAUCAAGUGAUGGAGCUGGAUGAGGAAGAGGAAUUGCUUGGGCCAAGAGCAAACAAAAUCUUCAAUUUUAAGACAGGAUUGUCUUCAUCCCUGAUGCUACUAUCCCCAAAUUUACUACGAAUUACCCUCCUCAUGUGGAUGGUUUAUUUUGGAAAUUCGUUCGCCUAUUAUGGCAUUAUAUUGCUGACAUCACAGUUUAGCACUGGGGAAAAUAGAUGCUUCUCAGUUGCUUUGCAUGUGAAAAAUGAUACAAGCCUCUAUACAGACGUGUUCAUCACUAGCCUUGCUGAGCUCCCUGGGCUUCUUAUUUCAGCUGUAGUGGUGGAGAAAGUUGGUCGGAAAGUUUCAAUGGCACUGAUGUAUGUCUUGGGGUCCCUAUUCCUUUUUCCGCUUGUUGUACCUCAGAAUGAGGCCUUAACAACAGCAUUGCUAUUUGGAGCUCGUAUCUGGUUCAUAGGGACCUUCACCCUUGCUGGCGUCUAUUGUCCAGAGAUUUAUCCAACUUCAGUGAGAUCAACUGGUUGUGGAGUUGCAAGUGCUGUGGGGAGAAUUGCAGGGAUGGUAUCUCCUAUAGUUGCAGUGCAAUUGGUUAGAGGUUGCCACCAGAUGGCUGCAAUCAUUUUAUUUGAAGUGGUUAUAAUUUUAUCAGCAAUUAAUGUUCUGCUCUUUCCAGUUGAGACAAAGGGGCGUGAACUUGUUGAUCAUGUCUCUUUGUAGGAAACUGUACACCAAUUAGUAGUAGUUAUGUUAAUGUGCUCUCCACAUUGGAGAGAAAUCUAUUGAAGAUGCAGCUCUCUAAGUCAUGUUGGUACAGCAUGCAUGUUAGAACUACAGUGUAAAGGUAAUUUCAACUUUAACGUGGCAAAUUCCGUUAAUCAUGUAAGAUCUUAUAUUAUUGAUAUAUAUAUAAGCUAAAACUGUUAGUAA